AUGUCUUUAUUACGUCACAGUGUCAGACCAACCUUGAGAUUGGUUUCCAAGAGAGUUUCUCCAAUGGCCAUUCGUUUCAACUCGAGUGCACCAGCUGAAGAGAAGAAAGCAGUUGAUCCAAAAAUCUCAACUAUCGUUGACCAAAUUUCUACUUUGACUUUGUUAGAAACUUCAGCUUUGGUUAGUGAAUUGAAGGAAAGAUUAAAUAUCCCAGAUAUUUCAUUCCCAGCUGCUGGUGGUGCACCUGCUGCUGCACCUGCUGCUCCAGUAGAGGAAGAAGUUAAAGAAGAAGUUGAAGAAAAGACCAUUUUCUCCAUUAAGUUAGAAUCCUUUGAUGCUAAGUCUAAGCCAAAGGUCAUUAAGGAAGUCAAGGGCUUAUUAGGAUUAUCAUUGGUCGAAUCGAAGAAAUUCGUCGAAGCAGCACCAAAGGUGUUGAAGGAUAAUGUUGCCAAGGAGGAUGCUGAAAAGAUUAAGGCUGCUUUGGAAGGUUUAGGUGCCAAGGUUACAUUAGAGUAA